UCUGGCUUGGCCUCUGAUCUCUCCUGUUGUCCAAGGUUCAAAGAGGCCCAGACUCGCCCCUCAACCACCCCGCUACCUCUCCCUCCAGGAGGACACAGCCAUGGCCCUGAAGAGGCUAGUGGAACUGACAGCCUGCAGGGUGACAUCGGUGAGAAGCCUGCGUGUCCAGUACCGUCUCAUCCGAAAGCUGGGUUCCGGUUCCUAUGGCCGUGUACUCCUAGCCCAGCCUCGCCAAGGGGGUCGAACUGUGGCCCUUAAGCUUCUCCCGCGGGAUUCAGUCCUGAAAACAACUUUCCUGAGAGAAUUCUGUGUGGGCCGCUGCGUCUCUUCACACCCAGGCCUGCUGCAGACCCUGGGAAGGCCCCUGCAGACACCCCGACAUUUCGCCUUUGCCCAAGAGUAUGCACCCUGUGGGGACCUCAGUGGAAUGCUCCAGGAGAAGGGACUUCCAGAGCUGAUGGUGAAGCGAGUAGUGGCCCAGCUGGCCGGAGCACUAGACUUCCUUCACGGCCGGGGGCUAGUGCAUGCAGAUGUCAAGCCGGACAAUGUGCUAGUCUUCGAUCCUGACUGCAACAGAGUAGCCCUAGGUGACUUGGGUCUGACCCGACCUGAGGGCAGCCCGACCCCUGCUCCCCCAGUGCCUCUGCCCACAGCACCACCUGAACUCUGCCUCCUACUGCCACCGAACACACUGCCCCUGAGGCCAGCAGUGGACUCCUGGGCCCUGGGCGUGCUUCUCUUCUGUGUUGCCACAGCCUGCUUCCCUUGGGAUGUAGCACUGGCUCCUGAUCCUGAGUUUGAGGCCUUUGCAGGCUGGAUGACCACCAAGCCCCAGCCACCUCAGCCACCGGUGCCUUGGGACCAAUUUGCACCUUCAGCUCUGACCUUGCUCCAGGGACUUCUGUCCCUGGACCCUGAGACCAGAAGCCCUCCACUGGCUGUCCUAGAUGUUUUAGGGGACGACUGGGGGCUUCAGGGGAGUGGAGAGGGUUCUGGAAGCUUGGGGUGUGUGUCCUGUGAAGAUGGGGAGGAGGAAGAGGGGAAAUCAAGCUUGGAGGAGUGGACAGAUGAGGAGGAGGAGGAAAUCGAAGCUGGUGGGAGGAUGGGGACAGAUCAUUGAGUCCUGACCAGGGGACUGAGACAGGUGGUUGGAACCUGGGCCAGAGUCUCUUACCAGAGCCCUCGAGGCCACCUGGGAAAGGCAACAGCUGUCCCUGGGAGAAGAUAGGGAACAGCACACUUCACCUUUCCCUGAUGAAGUCUGCACCCAGAUGUGCGCACACCACCCCCUUGUAGUGUACACACACUCAGUUGCUGCAGCCUCCACUCCUCCUUCCUUUUCCACCUUCUUCCUCUUCUGUCUCGUCUUGAUCUCUCUUUCUUCCUCCUCUUCUACUUUCCUCCUCUUCCUAUCAGCUUUCCUCCCUUCCAUCCUGAUUUUCCUUUUGAGAGAGCCAGUGUAUCCCAAGCUGGCUCAAACCCACCACAUAGCUGACUCAAACUUCUGAUCCUCUUGCCUCACCUUGCCAGUGCUGGGAUUACAUGUAUGCACCUACACACUGUUUUUGAGGUGCUGGGUAGGAAUGGAACCUGGGGCUUCCUGCAUGCUAGCCAGGCCCCUACCAACUUACUCUCUUCCCCAGAUCCUGAGCUUUCAUUAGGUGAAAGUUUCUAUUUCUCCUACAUAUAUGUCUGUGUACUCUGAAGCGCUGAACGCUUAUCAUGAAUUCCUAUGGACCAUGCUACUCUAAGACCGGAGGCUCUCAACUUGUGGGUUGCAACCUCUUUGCAGGGACUGCACAUCAGAUAUUUACAUUAUGAUUCACAACAGUAGCAAAAUUACAGUUAUGAAAGAGCAACAAAAUAAGUCUAUGGUUGGGGUCACCACAACUUGGGGAACUGUAUUAAAGGGUCAUGGCAUUGGGAAGGUUGAGAACCAUGCCUAAGACCAUGGUGGGCUCCCAACAUCUAAUGUACAAAAUCUGACUUAUAGGAUCCGAUAUUAUGUUGAUCUAACAUUUCCUCGGCUCUGUGUUGGUGACUUGUGGGAAUCUUUUAUAUAUUCUGAAGCUAACCACACACAAACACACACACAUACACACCAUGUCACAGCUGACACACACCCACACACCUUACAUACUGCUCCUAGCACACUUUACUCCCAUCUUGGCCUAUGGAAGCUGGUCCCCACCUCCGGAGCCCUCCCAUCCUUCUAUGUGUCUCCUUCCCCUCCUUGUCACAAACUGCUGGGGUGUGCUCAGGUUUUCUCACUUCUAGACCCUUCCAUUUUCUGUUUCCAUGAAGCUCCAACUUCUCUGGCUCUGCAUACCCCAGCUCCAUUUAUCUCCUGGGACCCAUCAAUCCUGAGAUCCAAGACUGGCUCUUCCUCUCUCCCAAGCACGGCAUAGACCCUCACCGAGCACCCAGUAGAGGAGCAGGCACUAGAACCAUCACAGGAAUGUUUACUUAAAAAAAAUUCAAGUUCUCACUAGGUGGUGGUGGCAACACAUGCUUUUAAUCCCAGCACUUGUGAGGCUGAGGCAGACAGAUCUCUAAGUCUAAGGCCAGCCGGUAUACAAAGGGAAUUUCAGGACAGCCUGAGCCACACAGAAAAUCCCUGUCUUGAAAACAAACAAAACAAACAAUCAAGUUCUCAUGUAUGCCAGCAGAGGAGGGCCUGGAAUUUCUACUCUUCCCGCAUCACCUCCCAAGCUCUGGGAUUACAAGCCUGUCCGGAGAUGGCAGUUUCUACAUCACUGUGGGUUUGAGCCUCCAGGGCUUCGUGCAGCUAAAGCACACACUGCAGCCUGAGCUACAUCCCCAACCUGGAAUCUACACUUUCUAGAUUUAAAAGUGAGUUCACUAAAUGCACCUUGUGCCCUGGACAGGACUUGAGAACAGGAAAGGGACCUUGGGGGCAAUGAGGGUGGAUAGGAUGACUGUCGUGGAAGUUUUGCUAACUUAGUGAUGAAUGUUGGGUGGAUGCUGACCUCAAGGAAAGUUGGGUGAGGAGUCCAAGGCACCUUUGUAAGUGUUUUUGUUAAACUAA